UCCUUGUUAUGCUGCACCAGAGUUGGUAAUCAGCGAAGGGUUAUAUGUCGGAAGUGCUGUAGAUAUUUGGAGUUGUGGUGUUAUUCUAUACGCCAUGUUGUCAGGAUAUCUUCCUUUUGAUGAUGACCCUUCAAACCCCGAUGGUGAUAAUAUAAACCUAUUGUACAAAUACAUUAUUAAUACUCCGUUGGUGUUCCCCGAAUACGUAAGCCCUGAUGCUAGGGAUUUACUUAGAAAGAUGCUUGUCCCUGAUCCGGCAAAAAGAUGUGAUAUGAAGACUAUAAUGUCUCAUAG